AUGUCUAAGCCUGCGGAUCACGUUAAACGCCCAAUGAACGCUUUUAUGGUAUGGUCCAGGGCGCAAAGGAGGAAAAUGGCCCAGGAAAACCCUAAAAUGCACAAUUCGGAGAUCAGCAAGAGGCUGGGCGCCGAGUGGAAACUUUUAACAGAAUCUGAAAAGAGACCUUUCAUUGACGAGGCCAAACGGCUCAGAGCAUUGCACAUGAAGGAACAUCCGGAUUACAAGUAUCGACCCAGGCGCAAGCCUAAAACAUUGUUAAAGAAAGACAAGUUUGCUUUUCCCAUGCCUUACCUGGCGGAUCAAGAAGGACUCAAGUCGGCCGCCCUGUCCGCCAGCGUUCUGCCAGAUUCUUUGCUCAGUUCGACUGAGAAAGCCAGGCUUUUUUUCCCGCACGCUACAGCGAACCCAUACUCGCUCUUCGAAGCGAGCCACCUGGGCUCCAAAAUGACCGAGAUCGCGCCCACCUCUCUGGCUUCCUUGCAAUAUGCCUCGCCAUUAGCUUACCAAAGCGGAGCGAGUGCUGCGGCGGCGGCCGCGGCUGCUGCGGCGGCCGCCUUCGGUGGGGCUCACACUCACAGUCACCCGUCGCCGGGCAAUCCUGGCUACAUGCUACCGUGCAAUUGCACCGGCUGGCCGGCUUCAGGACUGCAGCCCCCUCUCGCCUACAUCCUCCUCCCAGGGAUGAGCAAACCUACACUGGAACCCUACCCUGCCUAUGCAACUGCAUUAUGA